CCCAACUCACUUUUCGCCUUCGAAAUCAUACCAAUUGCAAUUGAACAAGAUGCCGGACUACCUGGGCGACGACCAGCGCAAGGUAAAGCACGACGAGAAGGAGGACAAGGAGAUCAAAUCGCUGGACGAGGGCGACAUUGAGCUGCUGAAGACGUAUGGCCAGAGCCAGUACCACAAGUCCAUCAAGAGCAUCGAGGAAGACAUCCAGAAGGCGGUGAAGCAGGUGAACGAGCUGACUGGGAUCAAGGAGAGCGACACUGGCCUGGCGCCGCCCGCCCUCUGGGAUCUGGCCGCCGACAAGCAGAUCCUGCAGAACGAGCAGCCCCUUCAAGUGGCCCGCUGCACGAAGAUCAUCAACGCGGAUUCCGACGACCCCAAGUACAUCAUCAACGUGAAGCAGUUCGCCAAGUUCGUGGUGGACCUGGCCGACUCGGUGGCCCCCACCGACAUCGAGGAGGGAAUGCGCGUGGGCGUCGACCGCAACAAGUACCAGAUCCACAUUCCACUGCCGCCCAAGAUCGAUCCCACGGUGACCAUGAUGCAGGUCGAGGACAAGCCGGAUGUCACCUACAGCGACGUGGGCGGCUGCAAGGAGCAGAUCGAGAAGCUGCGCGAGGUGGUGGAGACGCCGCUGCUGCACCCGGAGAAGUUCGUCAAUCUGGGCAUUGAGCCGCCCAAGGGAGUGCUGCUGUUCGGCCCACCUGGAACGGGCAAGACGCUGUGUGCCCGCGCCGUGGCCAACCGCACGGACGCCUGCUUCAUCCGCGUAAUUGGCUCUGAGCUGGUGCAGAAGUACGUAGGCGAGGGCGCGCGUAUGGUGCGCGAGCUCUUCGAGAUGGCGCGCUCCAAGAAAGCCUGCCUCAUCUUCUUCGACGAAAUCGACGCUAUCGGUGGCGCUCGUUUCGAUGAUGGCGCCGGAGGCGAUAACGAGGUGCAGCGUACCAUGUUGGAGCUUAUCAACCAGUUGGACGGCUUCGAUCCGCGCGGAAACAUCAAAGUGCUGAUGGCUACCAACAGACCCGACACCCUGGAUCCGGCGCUGAUGCGUCCCGGCCGUCUGGACCGCAAGGUGGAGUUCGGCCUGCCCGACCAGGACGGUCGCUCGCACAUUUUCAAGAUCCACGCCCGCUCCAUGUCUGUGGAGCGCGACAUUCGCUUUGAUCUGCUGGCGCGCCUCUGUCCCAACUCGACUGGUGCCGAGAUCCGAUCGGUGUGCACGGAGGCGGGCAUGUUCGCCAUUCGGGCGCGUCGCAAGGUGGCCACUGAGAAGGACUUCCUCGAGGCCGUCAACAAGGUUAUCAAGAGCUACGCCAAGUUCAGCGCCACCCCCCGCUAUAUGACCUACAAUUAAGUUUAUUUUUAUUAGCACUUUUCUGUAACCUCUGCGAGAAAAUCUGUAACAAUCCUGCAGCUGGAAAAUCUUGAAAUAAAGCGAAACCCAUACCUCCAUGAACUGAAA